AUGGCAUCUUUCGAACCCGUGUCGCCGUCAACCUCACCGUCUGAUUGGAGAUGGCUAGCUAUGGAAUCCGACGCGAUAAAACUUCUACGCAAGAUUUGGGAGUGCCACCCGGCACAGAAUCCAAUUAUUUCCAUAACCGGGGAAUACGCCUUCUUCAACCAUGUCAGAUCAGCGCAGUAUCCGAAGACUCUGGAGGUUUGCGUAUACGAACCUACACACGACCGGGUGACAGCACGGUCGAGUUUGGACCAGUGUCUAAAAGCUCUGAAGAAGCACAAUGCGGUAGGGGAUGACGGCCGAAGAAUAGUGGAAUAUUACGAGAAAGAAGGGUUUCAACACUGCACGGUUCAACUUGUGCUAAGCUUGGCCAGCGACCUGCCAUCCACACCGAGCAUUGGGUGUUCCGCAUUUUUGGACCGCAACCCAGACCUUCCAUACGUUAUGGAAGAAGAUCUACUUGUAUACAUCAUGAAAAAAGUAGCCGGGAGGCAGUUGGAGGACCGGGAUCUUUGCAAACAAGAGGCUGGGCAGGCCUACCAACUUGCCGAGGCCAUAAAAACGAAAAACCGUCGCGGCGUCGAAACGAAUCCCCCGAUCUACCUCAAUCUCGAACAAUACCAGGUCUUUGAUUCAGCGGUGGGGACUUUUGCCAAAUAUGCUAUCAAAGAUGAACCUUGGUGGAGGCGAGCCAUAGGGGCCAAAGUUGCUCUCGUCGCUGGCGCCGAUACUGUGAAUGGGCAUGCCAUGGUCGAGCACCUUAUCCGCACGCCGGAGAGCGACUGGGGGAAGAUAAUAAUCACGGCGAGGCAGCCCCUUCGGGCUUAUUGGCCUGACCCAAGGAUCGAGUUUGUGACUCUAGACCUCCGCCAGUCGCCCGAUGAUCUAGCCUCGCUUAUGCCUGAUUCUUGCUACAAGAUCUCCCACGCCUACUACGCUUCCCGCCACGAAGAGGACCCUGAUAUGUUCGGAAAUUUCUUGGGCGCAAUCAACCUGAAAGCAAAGGAUACUCUGCAAAGGGUGUCCCUUCAAACAGCAGGCAAGCCCAUGCUUGGCCGCUUACAGCAUUCAGGCUAUCAAAGAAUCCAAGAAAACCGCCUAGCUGCUAUCCAGAGCGGUCGACCUUGGUCCACCAAUAUAAUACACCCCAGUUGCGUUGUGGGCUUCUGCCCUGAAGCCCCCGCCAGUUCGCCCGCCCUGACAUUAGCAUUAUACUACAUCAUCUGUAAGGCGAUCAAUGAAACUCCCCAUAUCCCUGACAGCCGCUAUGCGUACUACACUCUACAAGAGAAUUCGUACGCGCCGAGCCUAGCCGCGAUGACCAUCUGGGCCAGCACCACCCACGCCGCCGCCAACAAGACAAUCCAGCAUGCGAACGGAGACCAGUUCUACUGGCGAUACCUCUUUCCCCGCGUCGGCGAGCACUAUGAUCUCACGGUGCCCGAGACCUCGGCCUCCACGGCGACGGACAGCAUCGCUGCGCGGCCGUGUGCUCAGUUCCGGAUGUCCGACUGGGCAGUUGGCAAGAAGGUGGUUUGGGCGAACAUUUGUGCGCGGUGCGGAGGGUCGCUUGAGGCCUUUGACUGGGCUGAUUGGUCGUUGUUUGACUGGGGUGAUGCGGAGGAAGCCCCGACGUGGAACUCGCGGGUUGCCGCCAUGCGGCUGGGUUGGGAUCGCCGUGUCGACUCCCCCCAAGCAUGGGUUAAGACGAUCAUAUCAUUUGAGAAUGCCGGCAUUCUACCCCGCCCGAGUGAUUUGCCUUAA